AUGGAUGUAAUGAAAAUCGAGAUGAUGGCCGAAGAUAAUGAGGAUUGUGUUGUCGUUGAUUCGGGAGCUCAACAAGUGGGUUCCGAAAGUGAUAGGAGCAGCCUGUGUGGUGACGACUUAUCGGGCUUGGAUACGGGCUCGGAAGUUGGGCCCAGUUUUUUGGAGUCGAACAAGAACAUAUUUGAUGUGGAGCUGAUUCCUAGGGAUUUAAGUAAUGGUUUGCCGGGCAUGGGUGUUGAGGAGGAGACAGGGGUAAAAUCGUCUUUUCAGGUUGAGAAAAAGGUGGGCCGGAGCAUAUUCGAGGUGGACUGUUUGGCUUUGUGGGGUUUCACGUCCGUUUGUGGGAGGCGUGCAGAGAUGGAAGAUGCAAUCUCAGCCGUUCCUAAGCUGCUGAGGAUUCCUAUACGAAUGUUGGCUGGUGAUGGUUCGGUUGAUGGGUUUAGUUCGAGUUCGUGUUUGAGUCAUCUGUCUGGCCAUUUUUUCGGGGUUUAUGAUGGGCAUGGAGGGUCUGAGGUGGCUAACUAUUGUCAGGAUCGUUUUCAUGAUGCUUUGACCGAGGAGCUAGAAAGUAUGAUGAGCGAUCGAGAAGAAACUUGGAGUAAUUCGCAAAAUUGUGAGGAGAAUUGGAGAAGGGCCUUCACGAAAUGCUUUCUUAAGGUGGAUGAUGAGAUUGAAGGGAAGAAAGCUAAAGUCGAACCAAUUGCUCCUGAAACAGUUGGCUCGACUGCUGUUGUGGCAGUUGUGUGUUCGUCGCAUAUAAUAGUGGCUAAUUGUGGGGACUCGAGAGCUGUGCUGUGCCGUGGCAAGGAGCCUUUGGCACUCUCACUCGAUCACAAGCCUAACCGUGAGGAUGAAUACGCGAGAAUCGAAGCAGCUGGAGGGAAAGUGAUACAGUGGAACGGGCAUCGUGUUUUUGGGGUACUUGCAAUGUCUAGGUCCAUUGGAGACAGAUAUUUAAAACCGUCGAUAAUUCCAGAUCCUGAGGUCACGUUCGCCCCACGAGCAAGGGAAGACGAGUGCCUGAUUCUAGCUAGUGACGGUUUGUGGGAUGUGAUGACUAACGAGGAGGUUUGUGAUAUUGCUCGUAAAAGAAUACUCCUUUGGCACAAGAAUAACGGGCCCAUGUCACACUCGGAAAGGGGAAAUGGGCCGGACCCGGCAGCCCAAGCGGCAGCCGAGUACUUAUGCAAUCGGGCCCUACAGAAGGGGAGCAAGGAUAACAUCACUGUAGUUGUGGUGGACCUGAAAGCCCAGAGGAAGAUCAAGAAAAGGGUCUAGCUAGAUAGAAAUGAAUAGCAAGUGUUUUGGAAUUUGAUUAGCCUUUGUUUAUCCAUUUUAUUAUGAUUUUUUGGUGGUGGUGUUAUUGAUUUGAAGUUUUUUAGUUUUUGUUGGAAGUUGAUAGCAUGGGAUUUUUGGUUUUUAUUGAUUUUUUCUGGCCCCUUUGUUUUUUUGGUCUGGGGCUCAUAUGUAGCUGUUGACUGUUGAAAAUUUGUUGUGGACUUCAUUGGAAAUNU